AAAAAUGGCAAAAGCAGAUGCUCUGUUCCGACAACGUCGUCCCGGGCGUCCGGUAAAGGCUCGUCCAGUUGAAAAGGACAUCAAAACUGGAUUCGAUGGAAAUUGGGAUUUAGUGGUCAGAAAGUGUCCCACCACAUUCUCCCAGCAUGUUUCAGAAGUUACCACAGCACAGCCAGAGACUAAGGUGCAAAACGACGAGCUAUUGAAACGGCGAUCUCGGCGGAAGACAGAAAUGAGACCAUUUCAGGCAAUGUGGGCAAAGAGUCUCAGUGGCCUUCAAGUAUCCAUCCCACACGAGAAACCAGACAGGAUCGGUGACGUUAAAAAGGCAGAAUACUCGUACGAAUCAAUUAAAAAGAUCUCAUUGAUCAAGCCAGGAGUGUCUGCAUUUACUCCAGAAGAGGCAAUGACUACAGUAAUCCAACAAAUGAACAAUGGAUUUAUGACAAAUGGAACAUUCGGACAAGCAGCUAACAAAGAUAAGCUCGAUGUUAAUUUCAUCGGAUUAGCUCUCCAUGAUCAGCCACUUUGUGAGCGUAUUCCAAUUGCACACAUCGUCGAAGAAAUCAGUUCCCAAGAAAAACGUGUCCUCGAUGCCCGUAAACGACUUCAAGAGGUUAUGAAGUACUUUGGAUGAAGUUUCCCUUAUUAUAUACGCCAAAAAUACUUUCGAUCUUACUAUUUAUUUAUUUAUUUUCCAAUUUUGGACCUGCUAACUUUUUUUUUAUGUAACUAUAUUUCUGAUGAACAAUGAAUUACCUAUUACUUUU